AUGACCAGUCAACUACCAGAGGAGUCUGUGGAGACCCAGAGCUCAGAUGAGCUUGAGUGCAAGAUCUGUUACAACCGCUAUAACCUGCGACAGAGAAAACCCAAAGUGCUGGAAUGUUGUCACAGGGUAUGUGCUAAAUGCCUCUGCAAGAUCAUAGACUUCGGUGAUUCCCCACAAGGAGUCAUAGUGUGCCCCUUCUGCAGGUUUGAAACAUGCUUGCCAGACAAUGAGGUUAGUAGUCUUCCUGAUGACAACAACAUCCUUCUCAAUUUAGCUUGCGGAGGAAAGGGUAAGAAGUGCCUACCAGACAACCCAACAGAACUGUUGCUGACUCCCAAAAGGUUGGCGUCUCUGGUUAGCCCUUCUCACACCUCUUCUAAUUGCCUGGUUAUAACAAUCAUGGAAGUACAAAGAGAAAGUCCCCAGACUCUUAACUCAACCCCUGUGGUGGAAUUUUACAGGCCUGCGAGUUUUGACUCUGUUGCAACUGUGUCCCACAACUGGACAGUGUGGAACUGCACAUCUUUGCUCUUCCAGACCUCAAUUCGGGUGCUAGUGUGGUUGAUAGGGUUGCUGUACUUUAGUUCCUUGCCUUUAGGGAUUUAUUUACUGGUAUCUAAGAAAGUAACCCUUGGGGUUGUCUUUGUAAGCCUAGUCCCUUCGAGCCUUGUUAUUCUCAUGGUUUAUGGCUUUUGCCAGUGCGUUUGCCAUGAAAUUCUAGACUGCAUGUCGUCUUGA